UUUCAUGCCGCAUAAAUUGUCAAAAUAAAACUUGUAAAUAUUUUAGAAUUGGAUUUGUUGUAUUCAUUAAUUAAUUAAUAUCCAUAUUAUUACUGUUUAGAAAUGGAUGUCGGGGAAUUACUUUCAUUCAAGCCAGAACAAACGCCGAAGCGGCCGCAUGAAGAUGAUGAUGAUUACUUGGUCAAUGCCUCGGUUGAUAGAUCCAGUAGGGAUAUUAAGAAGGAUGAAAAAUCCAAACGGAUGCGUCGCAUCGAACAAGCUAAAGAAUCUGCCGAUUUUAACAAGCCAGACCUUCCAACUUUGGACUCAUUUUUUGGUCCCGAACUUACAGAAGAAGAGCGAUUGAAUAUAUUGAACUACGUCGAAAAUGAAGAUGUAGAAGGAGAUGUGCUAGAUGAAGUCGGGUUGAAAAAAUUAUUGCUAGUUUUUGAGAAACGCAACUUGAAAAAUCAAGAAAUGAGAAUCAAAUAUCCAGAUAACCCGGAGAAGUUCAUGGAAUCAGAAGUUGAUUUACACGCAGUCAUACAAGAGUUGAAGGGAGUAGCAACUGUGCCAGAUCUCUAUCCAGUUUUGGUGGAAUUACAUGGCAUUCCUAGUAUAUUAGAAUUACUGGCACACCCUAAUACAGACAUUGCUGUUGCGAUUGUGGAUCUUCUACAAGAAGUUACCGAUGUAGAUAUAUUAGGCGAGAGUAGCGAAGGGGCCGAAAUUUUAAUUGAAGCCCUACGUAAACAACAAGUAUGUGCAUUGUUAGUGCAAAAUUUAGAACGUCUUAACGAAGAAGUAAAAGAAGAAGCUGAUGGAGUGCACAACUCUCUGGCAAUUGUGGAAAAUUUAACAGAAAUGCAUAGCGAAUUGGUACGCGAAGCAGCUGAGCAAGGUCUACUUGCGUGGCUACUAAAACGACUCAAACAAAAGUCACCCUUCGAUCCAAAUAAAUUGUAUUGCAGCGAAAUACUAUCUAUACUUAUUCAAACUAACAACGAUAAUCGUCUAAUGCUUGGCACGAUUGAUGGCAUUGACGUGUUAUUACAACAGCUAGCUAUAUAUAAAAGACAUGAUCCGUCCUCUACUGAAGAACAAGAAUAUAUGGAGAAUUUAUUUAAUUGCCUUUGCUCUGCUUUAAUGGCCAAAGAAAAUCGUGACCGUUUUCUUAAAGGUGAGGGCUUACAACUUAUGAAUUUGAUGUUGCGCGAGAAAAAAAUGUCACGAAACGGUUCAUUAAAAGUCCUCGAUCAUGCAAUGUCUGGGCCAGAUGGUCGAGAAAAUUGUAACAAAUUCGUGGACAUACUCGGCCUGCGUACGAUUUUUCCACUAUUUAUGAAGACACCCAAACGCAAUAAGAAACAUCUAUUAUCAGCCGAUGAACACGAAGAGCAUGUUUGUUCUGUUAUAGCCUCUAUGCUGAGGAAUUGUCGGGGGGCACAAAGACAAAGGCUACUUUCGAAAUUCACUGAAAAUGAUCACGAGAAGGUAGACCGUUUACUAGAAUUGCAUCUAAAAUAUUUGGAGAAAGUUGAAACCGUUGAUCGGGAAAUUGAUCAACAAGAAAAGAACCCUGAAAUUGAUGAGGAUGAGGAAGCAGAAAAUAACUAUAUUAAACGUCUGACGGGGGGACUUUUUACGCUGCAACGCAUCGACUAUAUAAUUCUAGAAGUAUCAGCUACUGCUGAUACCGUGAAACAAAGAGUCGUACAGAUUUUAAAUUUGCGUGGUGCAUCAAUGAAAACUAUACGAAAUGUAAUGCGAGAAUAUGCUGGAAAUUUGGGUGACGAUGGUGAUGUUGACUGGAAGGAACAAGAGCAAUCCCAUAUUGUUUCAUUGAUCGAUAGAUUCUAGAAUAAUUGAUUAGGAAUAUUUACUAAAUAAAAAAGCAUAACUUUCGAUUUUCUGAAGGCAACAACUUGUUUAC